AAGGAAAGGAAAAACAAAAACCGAAACAAUCACUUUGCAAUUUGCAUUUGAAACUGCAAAUAUGAAAUAACCCCCCAGAAUCAAAUUCCACGCUUCGUUGGUGAGUUCUUCCCUCUCCUCGCCAUCGCAAUUUUCCGAUCGAUUUAUUUUCAUUGCCUAUUUAUCGGCGAUCAGAGUAUUUAAUUGGCGUUUGGGGAUAAAAAAUGACCACCUCCGCGACUACGGAACAAUUCGACGAAUGCAUGAAGAAACAAGUACAAGUAACGGAACAGCUUUUACGUGUACUUAAAUCCUACAAAGAGGACAAUAUUCCUCACAAAAUCGACGAGGGUCUCUAUUUGGGUUCGAUUGCCUCUGCAUUUAACAAGCUUCAUUUGAAAAACCAUAAUAUUACUCACAUUUUGACUGUCGCUUCUAGAAUAAAACCUCCACAUCCUGCGGAUUUUGUCUAUAAACUUAUCAACGUUGUUGACAAAAAUCAUGAAGACUUAAAACAACACUUCAAUGAGUGUUUUGAUUUUAUCGAUGAAGCCAAAAGACUUGGUGGAGGUGUUUUGGUUCACUGUUUUGCUGGAAAAUCAAGGAGUGUGACUGUAGUUAUAGCAUAUCUGAUGAAGACUCGUGGAAUGAGCUUUAAUGAAGCUUGGCAACAUGUAAGGACCAUAAGACCAGCAGCAUUACCCAAUGCGGGUUUCAUUCUUCAACUGAUGGACUUUGAAAUGUCUCUGCAAGGGUCCCCGUCACCGGAUAACAUGAGACAGAGCAGCAAGAGAGUGGAAGAGACAGACAAGAAUGAAGAAGGACAGCAAGAGGGAGAACACCAGCAGUAUAUUAUAGAAAACUCCUUUACCUAGCUUUUUAUUUAUUUAUUAUUAUUUACUACACUGAUUAUAUCAUUUCAUUAAUUAUAAUAGGAUAGAUACAAUCAAACACAUAACUAAAAGUAUAUGAAUUAAGCAUGAAAUCUAAACUUUCUUGAUAGA